AUGAGUUUAAUCCCAGCCGAGGAGCUUUUACGGCCUUCGCGGUCCUUUACGGCUCCAUCGCUCAGCAUUUUAUUCUGUCAGCCUUCGGCUCCUGAGCCUCUGCUGUGGUAUAUCCCUCAUCGCAUUAUUGCGGACAAACUGCUUGAGCAGUAUUGGAAUGCUGUUCAUCCUGUCGCACAAGUCCUUCACAGGCCCUCGUUUGUGCAGCGAUAUGAAACUCUUUGGGAAGCCAUUGAGGAUGGAGAACGAGUCACACCGUCUCUGUUAGCGAUCGUGUACUCUGUUCUCUUCUCAGCCGUGGUCAGCAUGUCUGAAGAGCAAGUCUUUGAAGUCUGCCAACAUUCCCGGCAUGAGUUGAAGAACUGCUUGAAGCUGGGCGUUGAGGCUUCUCUGGGGCGUGCUCAAUUGCUCACAUCCACAAAAAUUGAAACGUUACUAGCCUUUGUGGCUUACCUGAUGCCAAUGUGUGUAGAUGAAAUCUCCCGUGCGCACACUGUUUUGACUGGCAUGGCAAUUAGGCUAGCAGAAUGUAUGGGGCUUCACCGUGAUCCAUCUGAGUACGACUUCUCUCCAUCCGAAUGCCAAGUUAGACGCGUCAUCUGGUAUCAAAUCUCCUACCUAGAUCUCCAGACCAGUGAAAUCCAGGGACCUAGGCCAUACAUCCAUCCCGAUGGGUACACCACACAACUUCCAUUAGAUGUGGCUUCUUCCAGUUCACCCUCUCCGCAUUCCACAUCCACUUGGAAUGAUAUGAUAUUUUCCAUGAUCCGAUUUGAAUGCCAGGAGAUGCAGCGCAAGUGCUUAUACCUGCGUAUCCGGGUCGACCAGGAAAAAAUCGGCCUUACCAGAGCAAUCUCUAAGAUUGACGCAUUCCGCGUUUCGAUGGAUGCAAAAUAUGGCCCUUAUCUCAACUCAGUGAACCCGAGUCCAAUGCAAAGAAUGGCACAGCUUGUGUUGAAGCUCUUCACCAGCCUAAUGUACCUCGUUCCCCUGCACCGGUAUAUGAACAGCAUUACUUAUAGCAUUCCUGAUAAGCUACGCCAAAUCGUUCUGACCAAAGGUACCGAGGCGCUGGAAGCUGCCAUGGGACUCGAAUCAACCCAGGAUCUCAAACAGUGGUCCUGGUAUAGUGGUGCCUACCAGCAAUAUCAUUCGGCACUCCUGUUGCUAAAUGAGGUGUUCAUGUUCCCAAUGCGUAGGGAGGCAAAUCGGAUUUGGCGCUGCUUGGAUUUCGUUUUUGCUGAUGCCUUGAUCACUAUACCUCCCAUAGAUAUGAAGAGGGGUAUCCCGACGCUCCACGAUAUUAUUGGACAUCGAGACAUGAAAGCGAGAUAUUUGCUGAGCAUGGUAUGUGAUCGAAUGAGGGUGUAUCAAAAAGCCAAGGGCUUGAAGAAUCCCGUUCAAUUCGAGGACUCGAUGAUCGCCGUCACACCCCAGAAAGAUGGUGAUACUACAGACCCCAGGUUGCCCCUUAGCCAUGCCCAUGGGGAGCCAGAAUCAGCCGCACAGAGUCAGAAUCCACCAGCAGCCCCUGAUCCUCCAGUGCCUUCACCCGAGGAGGUGGACCUAUACAUAGGUCAUUUGACCUCUAUAUUACCAUACCGUGGCGUCGCCAUAUCAGGUCAGCACAAUGACACCGUGGACAAUAUAGUGACUCCAUUGGCUUCAUCAACUGGGGAGUUCCCUCCGUGGAUUCAAUACCGCGAAUUAGACCCUGGAGUAGACAGCAACACGAAGCUCCAGCCUAGCCAUCUCCCCAGCUCCGCCUCCAGUGCUAGCCCGAAUGAGAGCCUGCCGACCAAACAGUGCGUUGGAGCGCAUGGUAGGAAUGGCAGUACUGAUUCUCAAAUGCUUGAAAUUGACUGGCCAAAAGAUGGUUAUUUUGAUAUGCCAGAUGAUUUGCAUAUGGAGGCCUUGUAG